CUCCGGUUUAUUUGAGAAAUUGCAUGCGGACCACUUCUUGAACCCGAUACAGCCCCACGGGUCCGCCCUCGAGAUGCCUUGGUGCGGCGCUAGGGUAUGGGGAGAUCGAUCGAAACCCUAAUCCCCAAUCCCCACCAAAAAUGUCCACGCCGCCGUCGGAGGAGGGAGGAGGAGGAAGCCUUCCACUACCGGCGGACUGCGAAGGCUUGAUCAGCGAGAAGACGUGGGCGUUGCUGGGUGAGGAAAGGCGUCGUAUGAUCAUGGAUACCCUGCACCGGACGGAGGCGGAUAACGUGGAGGCACCGCGGGGACGCUUCGACGAGUUCCACUUCUCUCCUGUCUCUCCUGGCUUGGGUUUCAAGGCCAUGAUGCCGUCCGAUGGUUACUGGGAAGCCGUGCGCCGGCUGAAGGAGGAGGAUGCGCGCCGGCAGGAAGAGGAGGAUGAUCGCCGCGAGAAGAGAGAGGAGCUCGCACGCCAGCAGAGGGAGGAGCUUGUGCGCCAGCAAAUGGAGGAGCACGCGCGCCAGAAGAGCGAGGCGAUGCUGCUGCAGACUAAGCCAGUCGAUGACCCCAGCCAUUAGCGACAGCCAGGUCUAAUAAGCCGUAACACUGGAGAUGGACCAGAGGAGAGGAUCCAUGUACGUCAAGUAUGACUUGUUUAGGCUCGUUAAUUGAUUAUUCUUCUGUGAACAAAUUUCAUAUGUUCUGGGGAUUAUAUAAGAUUUGAAUGUCCAGUGCAAAUUUAAUCUCCUUUUGGAUUUAAGUGGGAGAA